GCUCUUUGCAAAUCCUCCAUUUCCGUCUUCCCUCAGUUCAAAAAAUCCGGUUAACCUGAACCACGUAAAAAAACUCCAAUUUAUCCCAGACCGAAUCAUAAAAAAAAACUGACCCAGCCCGUAACUGUGAACCGGUUGGUAGAAUACCGAAACCCUAAAUCUAUGCCACCGAGUCGCUCGAGAUGGUUCUCGUAAAAUUCCAUUCAGUUUACGAAUCCUCUAAGAAUCCGCCAAAUAAUGGUUCGCUCGGGUACAAGAUCCACCCGACACAUUCGGGUCGGGUCUAACCAUAACCCGAGUUAGAAUUGAAACCUCGGGUUAUCCGCCACUCUGAAGGUUUAUUGAUGGUGUUAUUAGGCAUCUCAAGGAGGGUUUUCAACUACCAUCUUUCUACCAUGGCAUCCUCAGCUUUGGAUUGUAUUUCGUUGGUUUUAUGUGGCAAAUCAAACGCAGAGAUUGAAACUGCUAUUGCUAUUAAGGCUAAUAACACCCUCAAGCUCCCUGACAAGGGAGAAUUAUCCCUUGUUUUGCAUUCAGAAUUGAAUAAAAGUGUUGAACAAAAUUCCUUCCAAGUUAGUUCCUUCAUGAAUUCUCUUUCCACCAAUCAAUUUGGCAGGCUUCUUAUUUGGUCUCCACGGCUAACUUCAACACAUGAUGUCGUGUCAAACAACUUUUGUGAGCUUCCGCUUGGUACUGUAUGUGUUGCUGAUAUUCAGAACAAGGGACGAGGUCGGUCAAAGAAUGUCUGGGAGUCUCCAUUAGGUUGCCUGAUGUUUUCUUUUACACUGCAAAUGGAGGAUGGACGGGUCGUACCUUUAGUUCAGUAUGUGGUUUCCCUGGCUAUCACAGAGGCAAUCAAGGAUAUAUGUGACAAAAAUGGAUUACCUUGCAUUGAUGUUAAAAUCAAGUGGCCAAAUGAUCUCUAUUUAAAUGGCUUUAAAGUUGGAGGCAUUCUUUGCACCUCAACAUAUAAAUCAAAGAAGUUUAAUAUCAGUGCAGGAAUAGGAUUGAAUGUCCAUAAUGAGAAGCCAACAACAUCCUUGAAUACAGUUCUAAGAGAAUUGUCCGUGGGAGCUUACCAAUUUCAAAGAGAAGAUGUUCUGGCAGCCUUUUUUAACAAAUUCGAGAUUUUUUUUGAUCUAUUUGUGAAUCAAGGAUUUCAAACCCUAGAGGAACUAUAUUACAAGACAUGGCUGCACAGCGGACAGAGAGUUGUUGUACAGGAAAAGAACGAGGACAAAGUGGUCGAACAUGUGGUAACUGUUCAGGGUUUAACAUCCUCAGGAUAUUUAUUGGCCAUCGGUGAUGACAAUCAAAUGUGUGAGCUCCACCCUGAUGGUAAUAGCUUUGACUUUUUCAAAGGACUGGUCAGAAGGAAACUUAACUGAAAAAGAUUCAAUGACUCAUGUCACAUGAGGCAACAUGUCUUACAUACUUUUCUGUACAUUACUAAGGUUUAGCUUUAUAGCAUAAUUGUUUUUUUAAUAAAUUAAAUGUUUCAUAUAUAUUUUUGUAAUAAGAAUUUUGAGCUUUUGUAUUCCAUUUUGAAUUUCCAUCAAACUUAUCAUGCUCUUUCCUUGUCUGGUCAGGCAACAUAUUUUAUAUUGUGCAGUUGUAACUAAAAUAAAUUAUCAUUAUUUUCUCUUAA